UCAGCAGUGUUUUUGUUGCUGCUGGGGACUGUUGUGUUGUGGAAAAUGGCGACGCCUCGUCGCUCCUCUCAGCAGCAGCAGCAGCCGCCGAGCGCCCUUCUGUCCUCGCCUCCCCGCAGCGCGUCUAUCCCCGUCAGCCCGCCGGCCUCUCCGUCUGCACCUGCCGACGAUGCGGCCCCGCUUCCCCUCCGUGCGGGGCCGGAAAACGUGGCUGAUGGUGAGGUAGCGCCGACCUCUCCCAACACCACCUCCCCGGCUCUGGCCCUCACACCCAGCAGCAGCAGCAGCAGCAGCAGCGGCGGCGGCAGCAGCGGCGCUAGCUCCCCGACCACCACCGAGGGAAGCGAGACCAGCCCUGGCUCUACGCCGGACUCUGCAGGCGGUAACCCGGGCAGCAGCAGCGCGGUUAGCGGCGACGCAAACGGCGCUUUUAGGGAGCUGUUUGAAGCAUGCCGAAACGGGGAUGUUUGCAGAGUCAAGAAACUCGUGGAUGCGGUGAACGUGAACGCCAAAGACAUGGCUGGACGCAAAUCGACACCGCUGCAUUUCGCUGCAGGUUUUGGUCGGAAGGACGUGGUGGACCACCUGCUUCAGACGGGGGCGAACGUGCACGCUCGAGACGACGGGGGGCUCAUCCCGCUCCACAAUGCAUGCUCUUUUGGUCAUUCUGAGGUGGUGUCCUUGCUUCUGUGUCAGGGCGCUGACCCCAACGCUCGAGACAACUGGAACUACACGCCGCUACACGAAGCUGCUAUCAAGGGCAAGAUCGACGUCUGCAUAGUGUUACUGCAGCACGGGGCUGACCCCAACAUCCGCAACACCGACGGCAAGUCUGCCCUGGACCUGGCCGAACCAUCCGCCAAGGCCGUGCUCACAGGUGAAUACAAGAAGGAUGAGCUGCUGGAGGCGGCAAGGAGUGGAAACGAGGAGAAGCUAAUGGCCUUGCUUACGCCGCUCAACGUCAACUGCCACGCGAGUGAUGGCCGCAAGUCCACUCCUCUCCACCUGGCAGCAGGGUACAACAGGGUGAGGAUAGUUCAGUUGUUGCUGCAGCAUGGAGCGGACGUACACGCCAAGGACAAGGGUGGUCUGGUGCCUCUACACAAUGCCUGCUCUUAUGGCCACUAUGAAGUUACAGAGCUGCUGCUGAAGCAUGGAGCUUGCGUGAACGCCAUGGAUCUGUGGCAGUUUACACCUCUACAUGAAGCGGCUUCCAAAAACCGGGUUGAGGUCUGCUCCCUUCUGCUGAGCCACGGAGCCGACCCCACCCUGCUGAACUGCCACAGCAAGAGCUCCGUGGACAUGGCCCCCACGCCUGAGCUGAAGGAGAGACUCACAUAUGAGUUCAAGGGCCACUCGCUGCUUCAAGCGGCUCGAGAAGCAGACAUGACCAAGGCCAAGAAGACCCUCGCUUUGGAGAUCAUCAACUUCAAACACCCUCACACGCAUGAGACAGCACUGCAUUGCGCAGUCGCGUCACCUCACCCCAAACGGAAACAGGUCACGGAGCUGCUGUUGAGGAAAGGUGCCAACGUCAAUGAGAAGAACAAGGAUUUCAUGACACCUCUUCAUGUGGCAGCAGAGCGGGCUCAUAAUGACAUUAUGGAGGUGCUUCAGAAACAUGGCGCAAAGGUUAACGCUCUCGACACGCUGGGUCAGACGGCGUUGCAUCGCGCAGCGCUCGCCGGCCACCUACAGACCUGCAGGAUGCUGUUAGGGUACGGGGCGGACGCCACGCUGGUGUCGCUGCAGGGCUUCACCGCCGCUCAGAUGGGAAAUGAAGCCGUGCAGCAAAUCCUCAAUGAGAACGUCCCAGUGAGAAACUCAGAUGUGGACUACAGACUUCUGGAAGCUGCCAAGGCUGGCGACCUGGAUACUGUCAAGUCGCUGUGCACCGCUCAGAACGUGAAUUGUAGAGAUCUGGAGGGGCGGCACUCCACUCCUCUGCACUUCGCCGCCGGCUACAACAGGGUGUCCGUGGUGGAGUACCUGCUGCACCACGGCGCCGAUGUGCACGCGAAGGAUAAAGGCGGCCUGGUUCCCCUUCACAACGCCUGCUCGUACGGUCACUACGAGGUGGCAGAGCUGCUCGUGCGACACGGCGCCUCGGUCAACGUGGCCGACUUGUGGAAGUUCACGCCGCUCCACGAAGCCGCGGCAAAGGGCAAAUACGAGAUCUGCAAGCUGCUGUUAAAGCACGGCGCAGAUCCGACCAAAAAGAACCGAGACGGCAACACACCCCUGGACCUGGUGAAAGACGGCGACACGGACAUCCAGGACCUGCUGAGGGGAGACGCCGCGCUGCUGGACGCCGCGAAGAAAGGCUGCCUGGCGCGGGUGCAGAAGCUCUGCAGCCCGGACAACAUCAACUGUCGGGACACGCAGGGACGCAACUCCACGCCGCUGCACCUGGCAGCCGGCUAUAACAACCUGGAGGUGGCAGAGUAUCUGUUGGAGCACGGAGCCGACGUCAACGCACAGGACAAAGGGGGGUUGAUACCUUUGCACAACGCAGCUUCAUACGGGCACGUGGACAUCGCAGCCCUGCUGAUCAAGUACAACACGUGCGUGAACGCCACCGACAAGUGGGCUUUCACGCCGCUGCACGAGGCGGCGCAGAAAGGCCGCACCCAGCUCUGCGCCCUGCUGCUGGCCCACGGAGCCGAUCCCACCAUGAAGAACCAGGAGGGACAGACGCCGCUGGACCUGGCUACGGCGGAUGACAUUAGAGCGCUGCUGAUUGACGCCAUGCCACCGGACGCCCUGCCGAGCUGUUUGAAACCGCAGGCCACUGUGGUGAGCGCAGGUGUGGUGAGUUCAGGUGCAACGGGAGGCGUGGUCAUCUCGCCGUCCCCGUCUCCGUCCUGCCUGUCGGCGGCGAGCAGCAUCGACAACCUGAGCGCUCCGCUCAGUGACAUCGCGGCGGCCGGGGCCACGGGCGUCGCCGACGGAGCGUCUGCGUCCGACAGGAAGGAGGGCGAAACUCUGCUCGACAUGACCAUCAACCAGUUCUUGAAGAGUCUGGGGCUGGAACACCUCCGAGAGAUCUUCCAGAGAGAGCAGAUUUCGUUGGAUGUUCUGGCAGACAUGGGCCACGAGGAGCUGAAGGAGAUCGGCAUAAACGCUUACGGUCACAGACACAAACUCAUUAAGGGCAUCGAGCGGCUCCUGGGAGGCCAGCAGGGUGCAAAUCCAUACCUGACGUUCCACUGCUCCAGCCAGGGCACGGUGCUGAUCGACCUGGCACCAGAUGACAAGGAGUUCCAGUCUGUGGAGGAGGAACUGCAGAGCACGAUCAGAGAGCACCGCGACGGAGGCAACGCAGGCGGAGUCUUCAGCCGCUACAACAUCAUUAAGAUUCAAAAGGUUGUGAAUAAGAAGCUGCGGGAGAGAUACGCGCACAGGCAGAAGGAAAUAGCUGACGAGAAUCACAACCACCACAAUGAGAGAAUGUUGUUUCAUGGUUCUCCCUUCAUCAAUGCAAUCAUCCACAAGGGCUUUGACGAGCGGCAUGCCUACAUCGGCGGCAUGUUCGGGGCGGGGAUCUAUUUCGCAGAGAACUCGUCCAAAAGCAACCAGUAUGUAUACGGGAUCGGUGGAGGGACAGGGUGUCCUACCCACAAAGACCGCUCCUGCUAUGUGUGUCACAGACAGAUGCUGUUCUGCCGGGUGACGCUGGGUAAGUCCUUUCUUCAGUUCAGCGCCAUGAAGAUGGCCCACGCCCCCCCCGGGCACCACUCGGUCAUAGGGCGACCCAGCGUCAAUGGGCUGGCCUACGCAGAGUAUGUCAUCUACAGAGGGGAGCAGGCUUACCCAGAGUACUUGAUCACCUAUCAGAUUCUGAAGCCAGAGAGUGUCGCUGCGCCCGCUGCCACUGCAGAGCAGAAGUCCUAAAAGACCGUCCACAGCUGGAUCUGAAGAGGACCAGAACAACUUUCUAAACAGACGAGAAUGGACGGAGGGGAGGAAACAGCCCAUACCUCUGGCAUCAAGUCUCUAAAGCUGGUCCUGAGGUGGUGGAUAGGAAAUGUUCCCUGAAACAUGCUAAAAUAUACUAAAAGAGCGGGUCGAGUUGGGCUAAGGGGCUAUAGGUUCGGUCCAAAGUCAGCAGACGGUAGCUAUACAUCCUUAUUUAGCCUAUGAGGAGGAAACUCGGGUUGAUUAUCCGCUUUGCAGCUCAGUCACAGAAGCCAGACACACGUUACUGUCCUGGUACCUGUGUGCUGCUCGUCCAUUCUGUCCUCACGUUUUAAUGGCCUGUUUUGACAGCUUGUCCUCUUUUGCCAUUUUAAAUCAUCACAACAAAUGUAGUGACAGUCCUGCUGAGAGAGUAAAGUGGGCUAAAUAUAAACGAAUGUUCUACUUUUCAGAUUUCUAUUUGUUAAAAAGAAACAACGACAAAAAAAAACGCAAAAACUCUUUGAGCGCCGUAUAUUUUUAUUUGUGCUUCAGAUUAAUUUCAGGGUUUCACUUGAGAGAUUAUUCGAUUUUUGAGGCGUUUAUCAACUGCAUUAAAUCUCUCCUUAUAUAAAAACUCUUCAACUCACAAAAAAGACGGUUCUGCCUAUACUGAUGAUAAGUACUGUAAAACAUCAAAGUACAUUUAUUUCUGCCUUUUUUUAGGCCAUAACUAAUAUUUACACACAAGCAGCUACACACAGUU